GAGCAUGAUAUGUUAAAAACAUUUGUUCCUCUACGUGGGCUUCCUUCCAUCAUUAUAGAUGAUAUUGUGCCAAUUGGGCAAAUUGCCUACAGGGAAUUGUGGCACUACUUGCUAGAAAUCGAUGCCCUUUCUCCUUGGCUUGUUUAUGGUGAUUUCAACAUCAUCACCUCACAUACUGAAAAAGUAGAAAGGCAUGCUCCUACUUUAUAUGCUAUGGAGGAGUUCACUCAAUUCAUUAAUCAGGGGGGACUGAUAAAGGUUGG